CUCCCUGCUGGAGGAGGGGACCCACAAUGCAAUACGCAGGGAGACGUGGAAGCGGCUCCCAGGGCCGCUGGCAUCGCGCUGCGGCCGCAGAGCCUCCUUUGUCAGCCCCGGGGGGCGGCGGGGCCCGGCCGCGCAUGGGGCCGCGGGGAGAGGCCCGGCGGCGGCGGAGCUGGCCGUAGGCGCUGUCCCCCGGUCUUGCUGGAGGGGGACACGGGGCGGGGGCGUCGCCUGCGGGGGGGCCUCCUGGGCGGCUGGGGCGCCGGCGGGACGCGGGGCGCUGCCCCCCGAGCCCCGGCUGCCAUGAGCGCGCAGGACGAGCAGUUCCAGGCAGCGGCCCCCGGCCCGGCGGCUGCCUCCGCCGACGAUGGCAUGACCUGGUGGUACAGGUGGCUCUGCAGGAUUGCCGGGGUCGUCGGGGGCAUGUCCUGUGCCUUCGCUGGCCUCUGGAACUGCGUCACCAUCAACCCUCUGAACAUAGCGGCUGGCGUGUGGAUGAUGCUCAACGCCUUCGUGCUGUUCCUGUGCGAAGCCCCCUUCUGCUGCCAGUUCAUCGAGUUCGCCAACGCGGUGGCCACGAGGGCGGACAAGCUGCGGCCCUGGCAGAAAGCCGCUUUCUACUGCGGGAUGGCCGCGUUCCCCGUCAUGCUCAGCCUGACGCUGACCACGCUCUUUGGAAACGCCAUCGCGUUUGCAACCGGGGUGCUUUAUGGCCUCUCAGCUCUGGGCAAAAAGGGAGAUGCCAUUUCCUACGCUCGGAUCCAGCAGCAGAAGCAGCUGGAUGAAGAGAAGCUCACGGGGGCCCUGGAGGGCCAGGCUCUCUGAAGCGCACAAGCUCAGGGUAACCUCUCUUGGAUGCUGAGAUGCUGGUGAAGACGUGGAAAUCCGCUCUGCCCUUCCCUCUGCCCGCUGCCCUUGCUGUUACUCUACGGUUUUCCUGGACACUGCAGCAACUGGAAAUCUCAGGGCUGGGGUGGGCUGUGCCCCCCGCUCACACCAGCAGCCAGGCCUCAGCAUGUUGGCCCCUCUCUCCUCCUCUUCCUCGCCCACGUAGAGGUUUGACCCUGAAUCGAUAUCUCACAGCCCUUUUCCUUUUUUUUCUUUUCCUGCAGAGGUGCUGGCCCUUUGAGUGCUGCUUUAAAAGCUAAAACACGUAGCCUUUCUUUGGAGUGGCCCCUGGUUAACGUCCGGGGCCAUCACGAGCCCACCAUGUUUUGCUGAGGUGUGAUACUCUAAUCUGGAGUUUAGCAAUACUUGGUGAUGCUUAAGGUUGGACUUCUUUCAUUGAAUAGGUUUUAAUAUGGGUCCAGUUAGGCCAGACAUUGGAGGCAUCACUGCACAGUAAAGGACUUCCAGCAAAAAACCCACAUGAAGACAGUAACCAUCUCUGCAGAGGAGCUGCCAGAAGUUUUGCAGCAGAUCUUGAUACCUAUAAAGCACAGUCCCCCCUCCCUCGGCGUACAGCUGCAGGCAGUUGCUGCAAUUUACUUGAAACGUGUGAAUUAAUUCCUUUGUCUUAAUAAUGGUACUUUUCUUGGGCUUCACCCUUUUGCUGGGGGGGAAGGGAAGUGAGGUUUGCUUUGCCUCAGCCGAAAAGGGUUAAUAAUGUUCCUUGAGCAAAGCAGGGGCUUUUUGCUGCUGUGGCUAAGGGUUACAGAUGUGGAAGAGGGUCCUUCUCUCACAAGCCCGGACUCUGGUCUGGCACUGCCCCGGCAUCCUCUCCCGUAGCCUGUGGGACCUGCUCCUUGCUUCUGUCCGGUGCAGUCCUUCCCUUCUGGCUCACGUUGUUUGCAUCAGUCCUGGGCAAGCUUUGCGUGGGAAGGCGGCUCGUCCUUCCCCGGCAAGCACAGAGCAACCUGUGCCAUCUCAGCGCGGGUGGCAGGGUACAGCCCGGGACUCUCGCUGCUCUAUCCAGGCUCCGGCAGUGGUGCUCUGUCACGUUCUCCGUUUGCUUUGUCUCAUGCAGGCCGGACGGCUCUCUAAUCCAGAUCCCCCGCUUCUCAUCACGGUCUCUUCUGGGGGAGUUUUAAUUUAUUUGAAUUUACAUGAUUGCUUUUUGUUCUGGUUAGGGAAAGGAAGAAUAAUUUAUUUCUAGUUAUUUAAAUACUUUGAUGGGACUCAUUCCCUCUGGGCAUAGAAGGGAGUGCUCUGUUUCCUGGAGUUUGGAGGAAUGUCACAUUUAAUUUUGGGUGCCUCUCUGGACCCAGGGAGAACCCCGGCUGCUGUAACUGAGGUACUGUAAAAUCCUUUUUCAGCCUUGAGAGUGUUUCUCAGACUUUUGGAAAGCGUGUUUCCCUUUUUAGCUCCUCUGUCUUCUUCUGGGCCACUGACUUGACAGAAGUUUGUUUUCCCCUUCUUCCAGGAGAGAAAAGUGAGGAAAAACAGGCGGUGACUCCUGGAUUUGGGGGUUUGUACUCACUCCAGCGAUUAAGGCAGUUAGCAGCUGGGGUGAGUACUUGUAGCUGGUGACUGCAGCCGGUUCGUGCUCCCCUGCUCCGAGAGCUGAGCUCCUGCUGCCACCUAACACCGUGGUCCCGUUUGGGUCACUGGGGCACCCGAGGGGCCCCGCGCUGCGGUCUGAGAAACGCUGCUGGAGAUCGAGGGCUGCUUGUCCGAGGAAGGAUCUGCCACCCAGCUUUUGAGCAGUGCCGUGUUGGACACUGUCUAUGUAACCAUGUCCUAAACAUAUUUGCAUUAGCUGAACGGCAUCAGAACAGCCCCGGCAGCGCCUGGGGUGGCCCCGCUGCUGGAGGGAGCGGCUGAAUACCGAUGUGGCGUGCGCGUUGCAACAGGAGCACGGAGGUCCCUGGAGGUUGGGGGGCUAAGCUGUCAGCCAGCGUUAUAUGUUGUUUCUUCAGGGGAGUUCAGGGAGGUGUGAAGAUUUACACCGGGCAGGAGCGCAGCUUGGGCUUAUGUACACACAGGCCCUUGCGGCUGGAUGCUGGGGGGCCACUUUGUGCUAAGCCCCUUCUCCCCCAGGCCUCUGCACUGUAAUUGCUCUGACACCAGCUUGUCUGGGACGCGGGACAGGCACCGCCAGCCCAGAUGCAGCUUGUUUCAAUAAAGGCCCUGCUGUUUCCGAGCCGCCAGCUCUGGGCUGAGCCGUGUGGCUGCGUGGAGGACGUGGGGCAUUGGCCUGUCCUCGUGCGUGUGUGUGCGUGUGGGGGGGGACCACAGCCUCCUGCAUGGCUGAUGCUUCCCGCGGUAAUAGGGCAGUGCAGGAGGGAUACGCUGCAGUCCAUGGGCUACCUCUGAGUAAGGCCCAUGGCGAAGCCCAGGUGGGUAACAGCCUCCCUUCUCCGUGAGCCAGCAGUGCCCCUAGGCACUAUCUUUACUGGAUGGUUAAAGUGCAGAGUCCUGCCUGGUGAACAGGGCAUCUGCAUUGAUUUCUGGGGGGUUUGGGGGGUUAAGUAGUGUUUAGUAGAGGAACGUUGCAGACUGACGUCCGUGCAUGUCUUUGGUAGUGACUGCUUUGCGCUGUGAGUAGUUCCACGGUAGCUUUAGCGAAAGGAGGUGAAGGGCAAAGCAGAGGCAAUAGAGUAACGCUUGCAGUCUGGUCUACACCUGCGGGGAGGAACCGCAGAGCUGGGCAGGACCCACGCUGGCCUCAUCCCGUUGCUGCUGGUCUGCGGCAGUAGGAGGGUCCCAGGGGCUGGGACGUGCAAGCGCUGCUCCUGGUUGGCUUGCAUGGCAGAUGGGUCAGCUCUGCUCCGUUGGCAUCCGCGGCAGAAGUCCCUUGGACGCCAGCAGUCCUGUCGUGCUGUGUUUUGCAGCUCCUGGGAGCUAGGCAAGCUCAUAACCUGCUUCAGCUCUGCCGCUGUCAGCAGGAUGCAAAGCUCGGCUCUGUGCUCUGGGCAUGCUUUUGUUGAAAAUGGGCCUCGGGGCCUCCUCUGCAAGAGCAGAGCUGGAACCUCUGGCCAAAGUGCUAAAAGAUCUGCUUGAUGCCUCUGUGCCCCAGCAAGAGGUGUCUGGGGUCCGUGUUCCGAGAGUGUUGAUUCCUGCGGAUCCAGCAAUAUCAGGGUGAGCAUGUCUGGAGUGGGGACUCUUGGGAAUUUCGGCUGUCCGUGCUGCGGUUGAAACCAAGCCAGAUGCUGCUGUCAUUGCAGACGCGGCGUGGUGAAGGGUGCAUCCUCCCGGCAGAGCCUACAGCAUCCAUGGCUUUCAGGAGUUACGGUUAGUGGGUGGUCUCACCCCAGUGUGGACAAAAGACUAUUUUUGUGGAGAUAGAUAAGACUUUUAGAGUAGUAAUAUCACAGUAGUGAAUAGGUCCAAUCGCAGUGCAUGGUGGUUAUUAGUUGUGUUUAGAGGCACCAUCGUGGUGCUUGGAAGUGUACACGAACAAAUGAAGUUAAAAGCCCUGCUCUAGUGAUUUUACGGUCUCAACCCAAUCCCAGCUGAUGGUCUCCAGGCUAAUCUAAGGGGUCUCUGCAGAAGAGGUUCUGCUUGCCAGGCCAUGGAAAGGCCUUGUGGGAGAAUGGGUCAGAGGUUUUAUUAUGUGAGAACUCAAGAGCGGGUGAUGCAUUGCCUACAGUGAGUUGCUGACACUAAAUGUGGAAAGACACCUGCGUACUGGCUGCAAACGUGCACUUACUUAGAAAUGAACUCUACCGCUAUUCAUCACAUAAGCUGUGCACUUCUCUUCCCCAAGUGCAUUUAUACAGCAUGUAAGUCUUCUGUGUCCCAUUUAGUCAUGAAAAUGACAAUCGUUGUGCUUAUAGGCCCCACUUUCCUCUGGGGCUCUGCAUUGGGUGUGAAGAGAAGAGCGGGUGCUCACCUUGUCCUGUGUACCCAGGCCUUGCUGCCCUAGGCAGGAGCUGGUUUUGUAACACCAACUGACUCUCUGUGUGUGCAGUGAAUAAAAAGACCAUUCUACCUCUGGAAAGAGCCACUGUGAUUUCUCAGACUCGAAGUGUUGUUGCAAAAGCCCUCAGACUUUCUGUAUGGAAGAAGGGGGUCACUCAGAGAAUACUUUUCCAAUGAGGUUCUCAUAGGACCUGAAGAGUCCAAACUCAUUUCAUACUCAGGCAUUUCCUCUUUAAGCCAUGUCCUGGGAAGCUCAAUUCAUCCUUAUCGUUUUUUCCUCAGAAAAAAUGUCUGCUGUCUUCAGGGAAGGGUUUCACUUCAGUGAAGAUUUCAAGACCUGGCCUGUAGCCAUGAGAGAUGGGGAAUGCUCUAGGAAGGGGCUGCUGGAGGGCUUGAUCUUCUGGAGGUCAGUGGGAACCAGCAGCUGUCAAGAUCUCUUGAAUCAGGCCAUACUUAGAAACCGUCAUAUUCUAGCCAGGCCUAGACUUCUUUCUAGAAAUGGAGCUCAGAUGCAAAAAUUGGCAAUGUUGAAAUUUCUCCGGGGUUUUGAUUUUGGCCCAUCUUGCCUCCUCUGUCCUUGGCUGCUUUAUAUGAGUCCUCUGAUAAGGCACAUGACUUCUCUUAGGUGAUUUCUCUCAUGUCCUACUGCAGGGGAUCUAAAUAGUAAUGCGUUUUUCCUGAGAUCUAGCCCAGGUAUGCUAUGUUACCCCUGGAUUCCUUGUCACAGCAGGCUGACGUGUACCUGGACUGGAAGGACACAAGCCUAUCCGCAGGGUGCCACCUCCUGCAGCUGUGUUUUACGUAGGUUUAGGCUCUAAGGAAAGACCUUAGUGUUGCAGGACACACAGGAAAAGGGGUAAAAGCAAUUUGCUAUUAACUAUGCAGGUGAAAUCUCAAAGUGAUGGAGGUGGAGACUCUGUGUGCAAGUGGGGUGGAGGCAUCCACCCUCGCUCUUCGCGGAAGAGUAAAACCCUGGGGUGGGGAGGACCUGCCUCAGGACGAAGUAUUGUCUGUACCAUCUUUCCUGCGGUGAAUCACUUGCACUACGGCUGAAUGUCUCUGUUCUCAUUCUUUGUUCUGAUGUAAAGUUUCUUUGUGAACUGUAUUUGAUCUCGUUCAUUAGGCUUCUGGUAUAAUGUGUGUUUUUAGAGUAAUAAAAUGUGGCAGCUUUUUAUAUGAAA